GUUAGCCAGUUUGGGACCCAUAGACGGCAAGGUUGUUUUUUUUACCCCUAAAAGUUCCAGCUUAGAAGGGUCUCCAGUUUUCAACUGCUGAAGCCGGUCCGCAGAUUUGCACAUACGAACACGAGUAUUGAAUACCAAACAGAAAGAGACCGUUUAAUCGUUCAGCGAUCAGCGCACGAACAAGAGGCUAAAAUCAAGCGGGCAUUUCGUUGACAGUACACUACGCGAUAUCAGCGUACGACCCGCCGUUCUGGCGCCGUAUCGCACACAAUUGUUAAUAAGCCCGAGAGUUAUCGCCCCGCCUCUAGCUCCGCCCACUUCGUAUAGCUGACCAUAGAAAAUGUGCCGUGUCUUAGCAGGGUGAGAGAAUUUGAUCAGAUAACGUGUGUGUAGGUCGCCCAAACUCCCGAAAGACUGGCAUGGCCCUGUCAGAGACGAAACUCGCCGGUGUGGCGACACAAGGAGUGUAAGUGUAGCCGAAUAUGUUAUGUGGUCGGAUUUAGUUGUGUUAUGAAGCGUGGAGAGCUGGUCGCAGACAGCAAAUGUCGGCUGCUUCUACUCAGUGCGUGCUUCACCACUGGAGGUGGAACACCGCUUCGUCGUCUGCUCACGCCCAGCACUGACGGAAUUGUACCUACACACUCUACUACUACUACCACUACUGACUCUUGUUGUUGUUGUGCCUCCUACCCGUAUGUGCUGCCUGUUUGGCAGUGAUAUGGAGCCGACGUCAAUUCUUCUCCUCUUACUCGGAUACUGUCUCGCUGUAAUUGAAGGGCAGCUGCGGUGUUAUUGUAACGAGCCUGGCUGUGUGAUCACUGGCUACAUGUGUAAAUCGAAACUCGGCCAGUGCUACACUGCCAGAGAGUCUCAAGGGGAGAUCACUCUUUCCACACACGGAUGUCUCGAUUCUCUAGCUCCCAGAGUGAUAAACUUGUGCAGCGAGGCCGAAAACCUCAUAAAAUCCAGUGAUUCUGUGACAAAAGUGCCUUUUAGACUAUCGUGUUGUAAAGAGGAUAUGUGCAACUACAGAGAAACUGUUGACCACAGUAUUGUGACAAACUCAAAAUCAAACGGAAGUUCUCAAAAGGGUCAGCACGCCCGAUCUCCGACGAGUGGGAACCACGUGUUUUAUUCAAAGAGCAUGGACGAGCGAGACCCUGACCGAGACUUGUGGUUCAAAGCGGCUGUGAUCGCCGUGCCCAUUGCCGGAGGGUUCAUUCUCGUGCUCCUCGUGUUGUUCGCUGUGCGCAUGCUCAGAACAGACUCGCAACGUCAUAGGAGACUCAUUCAAAUUCGCCGUGAUCGGGGAUUGACAAAAGCUCAACUGUACGUAGCCGAUCACUUCAGUGAAAAGUCGGACACCUCUUGCUCACUGUUUCCAGACAAGGCAAAGCCUGGGAAUAUCUGUAGAGACGUAAGCGUGAAAGUGGACAGGGGACGGAUUUACGAAAAAGUUACCGAUCACAGACACUCGCACCCUUCAGUGAUUAUGUGGGGGAAGCCUUCAAAGAAAGACUUUGCGACUGUAGUGUAACUGUGUGAUGUCGUCAAGGACUUCUGUGAGGACAGAACUCUUCAGUGUCCAUACGGAUGGAUUUUUUUUUCAGUGUGCUACGGGAAAUGUUGAGAGAACAAAUGUAUUUCUUAAAUGUGUGUUUGUGUACGAGAACGUCUGAGAGAGAACUUCAAAUACGUCAUGCUUGUGUGUGUGUGUGUGUGUGUGUGUGUGAGAGAGAGAUAGAGAGAGAGAGAGAGAGGACUUGUAUAUCUCUAUGAACAGGGCUCGAACUUAACAGCGACACUGAUGUUGCAAUAUGAAUUGCCGCAGGUCAGGGGCUUUACCAAUGGUAGUUGGUUGUAGGAAUAGGUUUUGGCUUUUAAUUUUGUAUUUCUUACAAAAGUUACUUGUUUAAAAUGCUGUAUGUAGAGAGCAGUUCGCCAAUUGAAUGGCAAACAUCUUUCAGAAUUACCGACGGUAACAAAUUAUUUUAAGUUCGAGCUCUGUUUAUAUUAAAUAUAUGUUCUUAAACGAAUAUGCGUAUAUUCGUAAGUCUGAGCACCAAUCAAAUACGUGUUGUAACUAAUACCAAGAUCUGUAAAGUGUGCAGGGGGUAUCGCACGUCUUACCUCAGUAUCUUUUAAGUCUGUGAGGUAAUUUGAUGUCAUAUUGGAUACAUGAUGCUGUCUGUUUUCUGUAAAAUAUGCGUAACUCGGCGUUAGUGGAAUUCCCGUUAAAUGAGUAACACAAUCGUGUUACGUGUAAAUGUUUUUCGUGUGUUGGUGGUCAAAUACAUUUUAAAGUUAAGAUGCAUCUAAUUAGUUGUAAGUGGAAGAAUAAAAUAUGUGAAAAAUCUUAAGCAACAAAACUAUUAACGUUUUCAAAUUGGUAUCUCUGCAGUAGACAAAACGCAAAGGAAAUUUUGGCAAGGUUGUGGCAAUAUGCUCUCGCGAUUUGGCGGGUGUUUCAUCUAUAAGAGGACUGCCACUUCGUAGGACGUAUUAAUGUUCGCCCAUGCGAUGACUGCCACUACCUAUGACAGCUGUAUUUUCUCUAUUGGAGGACUGCCACUCCCACAAUAUAGCCAUAUUUCAUCUAUAGGUGGUUUGCCAUUCCACAUUACGUUAUAUCUGUAUUUCCUCUAUAGGACUGCCAUUCUCAAGGACGUUGUAUCCUUAUUUCAUCUUUGCGAUUACCAAGGCCGAUACACAUUUCGUAUUUCGUGUACAGAAGGACUGCCACUCCUAUGGCCGAGUCACCAAGAACUGAUAUAUAUUAGAGGAAACUAUUAAAUAUAAAUAGAAAUGCCACAAGGCAUCACCCAAGUAGUAGUGGUAGAAGUGAAACCUUACAUGACUUAUUAUGAACAUGUUCUUAUAACCAUCUCUAGUACCGCACUAAAUAUUGGUAAUGCUUAGCUUGUCGCAUACAUGUUUCGAGCAACAGGGAACAGAACAGUUGUAGUUGAUGAAAUAACAUUACAUGUAUUUAUUGUCUUGGUAACCGUAAAACAAUAUUUCAUGACACCUACUGCUGUCACAUUUUAACACCAAUGGUGGGACUGGCAGUACUAACCUUUUAGUUACACGGAUUCCCUUUGCGGUUUGACCCAGCUAGGGUUUUAUUUCACGGCUAUCCGGUUUUGGGGACGACAGACAAAAUGUAUUUUUAUGACGACAUGUAAUGUGAUUGCGAUUCUAUUGCCUCCGUGCAAACAUAAGCCCGUGCUUACAAAACGUUUACAGACUUGUCUCAAAUCUUUAAUGACGUCAUACGCAUACAAUUUGUGUAGAGUUGUCAUGGCGUUAGUAUCGGACCCUGUUUAAGUCUUUGGUCUAGACUCUCAAAGUUUAAUAAACACCAGGCCAGAUGUUAAAACGUGAUGACAUGCAAACUCUGUUGACCGCUGCGUGUAUGUGCGUGUUAAUAAAAUACAAACUGUUGACCGCAUGUGCAGUGUAUGUGCGGAUGCAAUAGAACGUGGGCUUACACGUGCGUUUAGUGAUGGACCACAUUUUGGCCUAGUUAAAAAUAUUUGUCCUGUUAUGUAACAGUUUUAAUAAGUAAACAUACGUUUUUCGAUUUCUUGCUCUGUACAGUGUACAAUGUUAUUCUACGCAAAGACACGUGUAUGUGUGAUUCUUUGUAAACACAGAUUCCUCUCUGACGUGCAAAUAGACUGCUAAAUGCUUCUACGACUUAGCUUAUGUGGUGAACGAAGAUGAAUUUGCUGUCUUUAUCGUAUUAUUUUAAAUAUCUCGAUUUGUCGUAUAACUGUGCAUGAUCAGGGUCGUAGCUAAAACAUUCCUCGGUUCGUGUCAAGGAUAAGUAUAACAAGAGAAGCAUUUGCUAAUGGAGAUUAUUCAGACCUCGCCAUUCAAGGGGAGCUAUCGCUUCCGCUCAUCAACACUCACCUGAGACUAGUCCAAGGAGAGUAAUCUUUAGCUCUCUUUGGUAUGUGAAUUUAUAUAGUAUCAUUAUGGUAAUAUUUUAAAUGGCUCCCCAUAAUCUAAGCUAGGGGUGUAAUGAAUCACUCCCCCUUUUUUCAAGGCGAGGUCUGUGUUAUUGGUGGGAGAAGAGUUACUGGUGGGACAUGUGAUUGGUGGAUACCCACCUAACUCCCGCUCAGUCUCCACCCCGCUGUGAAAUUCAGUUAUAACUCGUCUGAAAAAUAUGCUCAAACCAGACUCUGUGAGAAACUCGGUGACAAACCACAUUAAUUCUCGCGUGUUCGUUCAAAUACACCCUGUGUUCUUUCGUGUGUAUUAUAUUUAUAUAUGGAAUUCAAAAUAUCUAUAUCGGGCUGUAUUUAGCCUAAAAUGAGGAGGCGGUAAAAUGAGCCAGGGCACACUAGAUAAAAAAUGACACUUAAAAUGGGCAUGUGUUUUUAUAUUUUUCUGUCCGGCACACUAGACAAAAAGGACACUUAAAAUGGCCAUGUUUUUUUGUGCUUUUUUUUUGGGGGGGGGGGGGGGGUCUGCCCCUCUCCUCCCCCAGAUACAGCCCUGUUAUCAUUCAUACACCAGAAUAUCUGUACGUUUUGUGUAUGGGCCAUGUGUUCUCUCUUCUAAGACUAGUUGUGUUGUGUGUUUGCUGGGCGAUUAUAUGAUGAUGUACCAAAUGUGUUCGUAGAGUGCCUGUGACGACACACAAAACCUGAAUGAAUGGCUAACAAAGAGUUAGUGGAUGUUUAUAUUUGUUACUGUUAAUGUCUUUGAAUGUUUGGUCAAUAUUUUAUACAAAUUGAAUUAUUUAUUGAUGUAAAAUAAACCAGGCCAAGCCUGCAUACAUGUUUA